AUUAAGAUAUGUAGACCAACAUGUUGCUUGCUUAUAUCAAAUUUAAUUUAUUAGUAAGGUUCAACAAACUUUUGGUAAUACCAUUUAAAAAACCAAAAAAACUUCUGGUAAUAAUGAUUAAGGAAUGUUCUAAUUUUUUGAGUUUAAAAAUGGCAAGUAUUUCUUCUCCCUUCUUCCUCUUGUGCAAUGAUAGAGAGAAGAAGAAAAAGGCAGGCUUGACAAGGAAUCAUGGAUUGCUCUAUCUGUACUUCCAUGCCCUUUAUUCUAAGGCCUCCAAGGAAUACAAUCUGUACUGCCUGUUAUGAAGGAGCCAGAAACGUAAUCGCCAUGAUGAACAAGCUUGAAGGUCAAAGUAAAGCAACUGAAAAGGAAAAGCCAAACAAUUCUGUCAUGUCUCCCCCGCCCAAUUCCUGUAAGCCACUUGCAAAUGUUACAAAAUGGAUGAGUAACAUGAAGGAAACCGAAGAUGAUCUUAAGAAGCAAAUAAACUUCUUGAGUGGGCUUAUUGUGGCAUUCAGAGAACAAAUUCACACAGAUAUACAACUCAAGCCAGGGAACAAUGGUCCCUGCAUACCAGCACACAGAGCGUUACUGGCAGCAAGAUCAGAAAUCUUCAAGAACAUGCUAGACUCAGAUGGCUGCAAGGCCGCACCAGAUGAUACUAUUACCCUCCCUGAGUUGAAUACCGAAGAGCUCGAGUCCCUCUUGGAGUUCCUCUACAGCGGAAGUUUGCCUGCAGUGAAGCUGGAGAAACAUGUAUUUUCAUUGUUUGUUGCGGCUGAUAAGUAUGAAAUUCCAUACUUGCAAGAGUUCUGCGAACACUAUAUGUUGGAUUCCUUGAAUGCAUCAAAUGUUCUUGAUGUUCUGGAGAUCUCAGAUGUUUGUUCAAACAAAACACUCAAGGAAACUGCCCUUGACUUCAUCGUCAGAAACAUGGAGGAAAUAGCUUUUUCAGCGAAGUACGAAGUUUUUGCACCCAAGAAUCCACAUUUAUGCGUUCAGAUUACAAGGGCAUUCUUCAUCGACGCCAAAAGCAAAAGAAUUGAUGCCCUUUGAAUCUUUUAUAAAUCAGCACAAAAUAAUUCUUUGAUUCUCCGAAAAAAUCAAUGCUUUUUUUGUUUUUUUGUUGAUUUUGCGCUGUGUAUUUCCAAUUCUAUUAAUAUUAAACUUCCAUACUAUGC